AUGGUGUUGUACUUCGAAAGCAAAGUGGUGGAUCCUCCUGUUACAAUUUAUAUGGGCAAGGACAAGUUUGAAAAUGAGGACCUUAUCAAGUAUGGGUUUCCUGAAGAUGUCUGUGCGCACGUUUAUGUUCGAUUGGAGCCGGGUCAAACUUGGGAUGACAUUCCAGCCGCUGUUGUUGAAGACUGUGCACAGCUAGUAAAGGCCAACAGUAUCGAAGGCAACAAGAGGAACAACAUCACCGUGAUAUAUACUCCAUGGGACAAUUUGAAAAAGACACCCGGCAUGGAAACUGGUCAGGUCACCUUUUACAACCAUAAGAAGGUGCGACGCGUGCAUGUAGAGAAGCGAAUCAACGAGAUUGUCAACCGGUUAAAUAAGACCAAGCAAGUGCGUGAAGUGGAUUUGAUGCAUGAAAAGAUCCAGCGAGAAAAGAUUGAUCGUAAAAAAGCGCGUCAAGAUGAAUUAGUAAUGAAAGAAGAAGCACGAAAGUUGGCUGAAGAAAAGAGAAAGGCUGAAAAGGAGAUUCAAGACAUGUUUGAUGAAAACAAAAUGCAUAGCAAUUGGCGAGAACAUGAAGUGGAAGAUAUCAAUGCAGCUGAGGAAGAUUUCAUGUAA